GCCCUUGAAGCAAAACAUCCACGGCAUCUUCACUCUGGUAUCCCUCCCGAGCUUAAGACGACUCUUGACAAGCUCGUGCACAUGAGCUCUGAAGAUGUCGGAGCCGAGCGCACGGCACAGCUUCGUAAGUGGGUUGGCAGGGCCGUGGAGUUACGUGACACAGAGACGGCGCUAAAGGAGCGCAUGCCAGAGCACUGUGCUAAGGUGUUGAAGAGUAAGAGGCUUGCGGUGUUCAAGGAGAUGUUGGAGGCCAGCGGCCACGGCGAUGAAACCAUUGUGGGGGACAUUGCUGAGGGUUUUAAGUUGAGCGGGCCCAUCCUAGUUCGGGUGUCUACAGGGCAAAGAGGACUUCGGCGUGGGAUAAUCUAUUCCACCCGUGGCUCUGGCGACUGCGAGUUGGAUGAGGCCACCUUUGCAGCAACAGCCGAUGAGCUUCAGAGGGGUUGGCUUUUCGGCCCGAUUGCCGAGAAAGAUCUUCCGGAGGACGCGGUUGUCACACGUCGGUUUGGUAUCCGCCAAGGCGGGAAAUGUCGACCGAUCGACAACUAUCUUGAAUCGGGGGUAAACUCUACAGCCAGUUCCGAGGACACCAUCACAGUGCAUUCUGCCGAUGUCAUUGCAGCAGCGCUUGCGUACAGGAUUCACCAUCUACGAGCUCUUCGAUUGCAUUCGCAACUACACUUGAGAACUUGGGACUUAACUAAAGCCUACAAAAAUCUUGCGUUGCACUUGGAAUCGAUACCAGACGCUUUCUUAGCGGUAUGGAACCCUCGUCGUGCAUGCACGGAGAUUUAUGGUCAACUUGUUUUGCCGUUUGGAGCCCGUGCAAGCGUGCACGGGUUUUGCAGAACAUCGUUAUCGGUCUGGAGCAUUGGAGUGGUGAUCUUCCUCCUACACUGGGGGGUGUUCUUUGAUGAUUUCAUUGGAUGCGAGACACCGGUGCUCUCCAAGCUUUUUGAGUUGUGCGCAGAUGGCCUUUUCAUGAUUCUUGGAUGGACAACAGCAGCUGACAAGGGUUCGGACUUUGACACAAUCGCUAAGGUGCUUGGCUUAAAGAUUGAUUUGAGUGAAUGCAAGCUUGGAACCAUCCGCUUCGCAAACACCGAUAAUCGACGCGACGAGCUUGUUGCAUCCUUGGCCGACAUCCUUGAUGCAGGGUUCCUCAGCCGGAAAGAUGGCGAAAAGCUUCGAGGCCGAUUGCAAUUCGCAGAACAGCAAAUCUCUGGCAAGCGUGCCGGACUGGCAUACCAGGAGCUGUCGCGCCAUGUGUCCAAGGGCGGUGGCAAGCUCGACACAUCGACUAGGACCGCAUUGGAGUUUUUGGCCGACCAUGUCGCAAAUUCUCCGCCCAGGUGCAUCACUGACCGAUCAUGCUACACUUGGCACUUGUAUGUGGAUGCUUCGAAUGACGAUGAUAAGGCGGGCAUCGGAGGAAUACUUCUUUCCGAAUCUGGCUCUUACAUCGGUCACUUCAGCGAAUACCUUUCGGAGUCUGCGAGGGGCACCCUUAACACUUCCGAUAGCGAGAACCCGAUCUUCGAGCUUGAGUGCUUUGCCAUUUGGUGUGGUGUUUGGACGUGGGCGCGGCUCUUCCGAAAUACUCAG